AUGGCAGACGCGGAAGCUGCUGCCACACACCCGGACCAUGGGCAAACUAUUCCAGCCGCCAAAUCCAUCCCAGACGGCGGAAAACUUGUGGACCCAGUCGACAAAUACACGGCUCUUGCUGUUCGAGGAGCAAUUGUCGGAGUUGGACUGGCAGGAGGGAUCAUCUAUUUGAGAAAUUCCAAACUGUUCCACAAGUUCCAACAUGUAAAUCAAAUCCCGAAAGACUUCAUUCGAAAAGAAUUGGAACUAAAGGGACGAGUACGCGAAGUGCUUCCCAGUGGAGAACUGCGUGUCGAACAUGAGCCCAUUAUGAAGAUUCCGUUCCUUCCCAAACGAAAGAACGUCAAUACGGGUCUUCUGAAUCUCCGACUGGCCGGUGUAGAGCUUUCACAAUCGGGACAACAGUUCUUAGCCAAAGAUUUGAGGUUGACUAACAAACCAGUCACCUUCACAGUUAUCAAGGAGGUUGAAGGAGCUCCAGACGUCGUAGAUGCCGAUGUCACCGUCAAAAGAACCGCAUUUGGUCGUACUAAUCUCAAUGUUGAAGUUGUUAGACGUGGAUACGCUAGAGUCCCAGGUCCAGAACAAGUAAAACAUUUGAAGUCGUUGCAAUCGGUACCUGCUUAUUCUAGACUCAUUAGUCGGCUUCUUAUGAGUGAAAAGGUUGCUGAUCGUCGGGGCGUUGGAGUGUGGGAGCGCGACACCUGGGUUGAAUCUGUCCAAUCAUAUCCAUCGCAGGUUUCAGGAAUUAUACGGUCAGCAGCUAUCACGAAGGCCGUGGUUCUACUCUAUAACGUGACCAAAGAUGUGAUCCUCUAUGGUGUGAAACUGACUCAACAAACCUACUACAUGGUUUUGGCGAUUGCUGCUCAUUUACAAAAUGGUUACCGACGAUUCGCGUCCGGAGUGGAUCGUCUGACUGAUAAAUACAACAAAGUUCGCCAAAGGAUCGGACCAAAGUGA